CCUUAUCAAACAUUAUUUGUGUUUUUUUGACCAACUGCUUACUAAUAUCGCAAUGGACUCAACGAAGAUUGAGUUUGCAGUGCAAAUGGAUAAAGAUGUUAAAUCGUGUGCGGAUAGGCUGCGGCGCGCUUUGCAGGGCAUAGGUCAUGUCGACAUUGAUGCGACCGAGGGACGUGUGAUUGUGCAGACCACAGCACCGUGGUCCGAAGUACAGGAUAAAAUCGAAAGCACCGGUCGACGCGCUGUACUCUCCGGCUUUGGUGGCCAUUCAGCCGUGGCACUCAUUAAUACAACCGGCUGUGUAGUGGACCGAACACCCGUGCAGGGCGCAGUGCGAUUUACCACAAUUACUGACAAACAGGCAGGCGUAGUUGUGGAUGGCGUUGUGGAUGGACUAGAGCCUGGGCUACAUGGCUUCCACAUACACGAAAGUGGCGAUGUGUCGAAUGGCUGUGCAUCGGUUGGCAAUCAUUACAAUCCACGUAAUUCCCCGCACGGCAGCCCCAAUGCAGAUGCAGCUGAACGACAUGCCGGCGAUUUGGGCAAUAUACGAGCCGAUGAAACAGGUCGUGCUACAUUCCGCUUUGUAGACCCUGCCCUGGAUAUUUGGGAGAUUAUCGGACGUGCCGUUGUCAUCACAGCCAAUGCCGAUGACUUGGGAUGCGGCAGCAAUCCACAAAGUCGCAUCGAUGGCAAUUCAGGUGAAAGAAUCGCCUGUGGAAUAAUUGCACGAUCGGCUGGCAUUUUGCAAAACUUUAAACGAAUCUGCGCCUGUGAUGGAGUAACGCUUUGGGAUGAACGAAACAAGCCGCUGGCGGGCAAGGGGCGUGCCACAAAACUAUGAAAUU